AUGGCUAGCCCAAGUCUUGCUAUCAACCGCAUAAAAAAGGAGCUCUUAGAGUUGCAGAAGUCCACUGACAAUGCCGAUAAUCCCAUCGAAAUCUAUGCAGAAACCGAUAAUAUAAUGAAGCUCCGUGGUGUUAUAGUCGGUCCUCCGGAUACGCCUUAUGCAGGGGCAAAGUUUAUGUUGGAGAUAAUAAUACCGGAGACCUAUCCCUUUCUGCCACCGAAAGUCAAGUUUCUUACGAAGAUCUGGCAUCCGAAUAUUAGCAGCGCUACCGGUGUCAUUUGUCUGGACAUACUGAAGGAUCAGUGGGCUGCCGCAAUGUCAUUGCGCACGAUGCUGUUGUCGAUCCAGGCGUUGCUUGCCAGCCCUGAGCCGGAUGAUCCGCAAGACGCGGUUGUUGCAAAACAGUUCAAAUCGAACCGAAACGCAUUCAAUAUAACGGCCAAACAUUGGGCCUCCAUCUAUGCGAACGGGCCGUCCAGACAGCCUGACUGUGAAGCUAAAGUAGAAAAACUUAUGCAAAUGGGAUUUUCUGAGGUAAUUAAUCUGUUAGAGGUUCGAUUCUGUAAAAUUGGCUCGUGGUAUGCUCUCAGAACGUUUAAAGAGCUUCUUUUCCAUCAUUGUGUUGCUCAGCGUUUGUCUUGA